AUGACAUCAAUGCAGGUUGUCACCCUUUGGUGGGUGCUACUGCUGGAGCCCAAGCUGGGGGCUGCCAGGAAGGGGUCCCCAGAAGAGGCCUCCUUCUACUAUGGAACUUUCCCACCUGGCUUCUCCUGGGGCGUGGGCAGUUCUGCCUAUCAGACGGAGGGCGCCUGGGAUCAGGAUGGGAAAGGGCCCAGCAUCUGGGAUGCCUUCACGCACAGCGGGAAGGGGAAAGUGCUUGGGGAUGAGACAGCAGAUGCAGCCUGUGAUGGCUACUACAAGUUCCAGGAGGACAUUGCUUUGCUGAGGGAGCUGCAUGUGAACCAUUACCAAUUCUCCCUGUCUUGGCCCCGGCUCCUGCCCACAGGCAUCCGAGCUGACCAGGUGAAUGAGAAGGGAAUAAAAUUCUACAGCAAUGUCAUUGACGCCCUUCUGAAGAGCAAUGUCACCCCCAUUGUGACCUUGCACCAUUGGGAUCUCCCACAGCUGCUCCAGGUCAAAUAUGGUGGGUGGCAGAACGUGAGCAUGAGCGACUACUUUAGUGAUUAUGCCAAUCUGUGCUUUGAGGCCUUCGGGGACCGGGUGAAGCACUGGAUCACUUUCAGUGACCCUCGGGCAAUAGCAGAAAAAGGCUAUGAGACAGGUCACCACGCACCAGGCCUGAAGCUCCAUGGCACCGGCCUGUACAAGGUGGCACAUCAUAUCAUUAAGGCACACGCCCAAGCCUGGCAUUCUUACAACACCAAGUGGCGCAGCAAGCAGCAAGGUCUGGUGGGGAUUUCACUAAACUGUGAUUGGGGGGAACCUGUGAACAUUAGGAACCUCAAGGACAUAGAGGCUGCUGAGCGAUACCUCCAGUUCUGCCUGGGCUGGUUUGCCAACCCCAUUUAUGCUGGCGAUUACCCCCAAGUCAUGAAGGACCGUAUAGGAAGAAAGAGUGCAGAGCAAGGCCUGGGUAUGUCGAGGUUACCAGUGUUCUCACUCCAAGAAAAGAGCUACAUUAAAGGCACAUCUGAUUUCUUGGGACUUGGUCAUUUUACAACUCGGUACAUCACAGAAAGGAACUACCCCCCUCACCAGGGGCCCAGUUUUCAGAAUGAUCGUGAUUUAGUAGAACUGGUUGACCCAAACUGGCCAGAUCUGGGAUCUAAAUGGCUAUAUUUUGUACCAUGGGGAUUUCGGAGGCUCCUCAACUUUGCUCAGACUCAAUAUGAUGAUCCUCUCAUAUAUGUGACAGAAAACGGAGCUUCUCAAAAAUUAUACUGUACUCAAUUAUGUGAUGAAUGGAGAAUACAAUACCUUAAAGGAUACCUAAAUGAAAUGCUGAAAGCGAUAAAAGAUGGUGCUAAUAUAAGAGGAUAUACUUCCUGGUCUCUGUUGGAUAAGUUUGAAUGGGAGAAAGGAUACUCAGAUAGAUAUGGACUCUACUAUGUUGAAUUUAACAACAGAAAUAAACCUCGCUAUCCAAAGGCUUCAGUUCAAUAUUACAAAAAGAUCAUCGCUGCCAAUGGCUUUCCGAAUCCAAGAGAGGUGGAAAAUUGGCACCUUAAAGCCUUGGAAACCUGCGCGAUCAACAAUCAGAUGCUUGCUGCAGAGCCUCUAUUAAGUCACAUGCAAAUGGUUACGGAGAUUGUGGUACCUACAGUCUGCACUGUCUGCAUUCUAAUUGCUGUGGUUCUACUAAUGCUCCUCCUUCAGAGGCAGAGCUGA